AUGGUCUUAUUCAAGCUCAUAUCCUUGAUCUCAAUUGCUGCUCUAAGCGUGAAUGCUAUCGAUGUCGCGUCUAUUUCUGAAUGCCCAAAGCUGGCUCCUAGGAAUGGCACAGCAAAGGACAUUACUGAUCUUCGUGUUGAUGAUAUCCAAAUCGUUGCCGCAUUAGGCGAUAGUAUCAUGGCUGGAUUUGGCAUGAUGGGUAUCAACAAUGGUGAUGGAGGUACUGGAAUCUUAAACUUUAGUUCAGUGAUGGAGUUCCGUGGCAACAGCUAUGGUAUUGGUGGUGAUAGUGGGGCCAUCACUUUGGCAAACUUUAUAAAGAACUACAAUCCAAAAGUACAAGGCGCAUCUACCUUGAGUCACCUUGCCUCGUUGUGCUAUGGAGCCUUGUGCUCCCCACCGUUAUCUAUGUAUCGACCACUAAGAGAUAAUUUAAAUGCUGCUCAAAGUGGCGCAAUGGCAGUAAACCUUGAUUAUGAACUUGAUUAUCUUAUCCCUCGUAUCAAGUCUCAAUUUCUCUUAUCUGAUGGAUAUAACACUGCAUGGAAGAUGAUUACGAUUCAAAUAGGCAGUAAUGAUCAAUGUGCUUCCUGCAACAGCUCAAUGGCACAAUACGUCACUCCAGAAGCCUACGGCAAAUAUGUGGACGCUGCCAUUCAAAGAAUUCAAAAGGAGGUUCCUAGAACCGUAGUGAAUUUGCUUGGAACGUUUAAGGUUUCAGGUGUCUUUCCUCUAACUGCUGGCCAGACUCAGUAUUGUAAACCCAAUGGCAUAUUAGAAAAUAAACUUGAAUGUGGUUGCUCCAGUUCUGCUGAUAACUUGGCAAGUAUGGAUGCUGUCUCUGAUGGAUACAAUCAGCAAUUACAGGCAAUCGCUGCAAAAUACCCAGGAAAACCUGGAGGAACAUUUGCGGUUAUGUACACUCCUGCUCCAAUUGAUCUAUCUUCUUUCCCAGUUGAUGCUCUUAGCAACCUCGAUUGUUUCCAUCCUAGUUUGAAAGGCCAUCAAUGGAUAGCCAAGACUUUUUGGAAUCAACUAUUCCUCAAGAAUUCUCAGAAGCCUUCCAUCAUCAAAUUUGAAGAAGGUCUGAAGAUUCAUUGUCCUGCUGAUGGUGAUAGGCUGCCAACUGUCUCUUCCUAG